AAUGACGCGUGGCACCAUCGACGUCACUCGGUCGACAUUGUUCUUGGGAUUGCGUUUCCGCCUUCGUCCUAGAGCGCCCCGAACAGUUCCCUCAAGUCCCAGCACUCCAGAGACAGAAUACGACAUGGAUAUUGGCAGUGGAACUUCAGAAACCAUUCAGUACAUUGUCCUCGGCAUCGGCGUUGCAGGACAAAUACUAUGUCUCCUGUAUGCGGUGAAGAAGUGUCUCAAAAUCAAGACUGUCUACAACUAUCUGAUGCUU